AUGACCUCAGCAGUCUCGCGUCCGAAGUUCCUUGCCGUCUUUGCGGUGGGUAUGCUCGUCUUGCUGUGCUUUUCCGGCAGCGCCCUGGCUCGCCAGGGUGAGCCACCGGUAAGCCGUAACCUGACGGCCAAGUCGCUCGACGAGAUUCCGGUGGUGAGCCUGCCGGCCGUCGAUUCCAAGGUGCUCUUGGCCGAGGACGAGGCGCUCCAGAAGGCCAAUCUGGUCGGCCCACUACGCUUUGCGGUGGCAGCGCCAGUUGCGCUCAACACCAAGAACGCGGGUGUCUGGGAGACCCUGGCCGAUGGCAGCCGACUGUGGCGCCUGCGCUUCGACUCCCCGGGUGCUACCGAUCUCAACUUUGCCUUCACCACCUACCGCAUGCCGGCAGGUGGCAAGUUGUGGAUCGUGGCCGAGAGCGAGGACUACCAUGAAGGUCCCUACACCGCCGACGACAACAAGGCCUUCGUAGAGCUGCACCUGCCAGCCCAGACGAAGCGGCCGCUGGAGCUCGAGCUCACCCAGGUGGCGACCGGCUACCGCGACAUCUUCGAGCGCGACCCGCUGGUCAACCCCAAACAGGGCGCCUGCAACAACGACGUGGUUUGCCCCGAGGGCGACGGCUGGCGCGACCAGAUUCGCAGUGCUGGUUGGUACACGGUCAAUGGCGUCGGCACUUGCUCCGGUCAGAUGAUCGCCGACGUGCCGGGCACCUUCCGUAGCUUCUUCCUGACCGCUUUCCACUGUGGAUUGUCAGCGGGCAACGCGGCGUCGAUGGUGGUGAUUUGGAACGAUGAGUCGGUCAAUUGUGGUGACCUCUCGGGUGGCAGCAUGAGCGACACCCAGACCGGCGCUACCUUCCUGGCUUCGCGCCAGGAUGUCGACAUGGCGCUGGUCGAGCUCGACGAUCCGCCGGACCCGGCGCACGCGGUGCAUUUCACCGGCUGGGACCGCACCGACUCCAUUCCGGCCGGUGGCGCGGUGGGUAUCCACCACCCGAGCCUGGAUGAAAAGGCAAUCAGCUUCGAGAACGAUCUGCUGACCACGCAGGACAAUUGCAUCGGCGGUGGCGGCACAGACACCCACUGGCGGGUCAACGACUGGGACGACGGCACCACCGAGCCGGGCUCUUCAGGCUCGGGUUUGUGGAAUCCCGAUAACCAGCUGGUGAUCGGCUUCCUUUCCGGCGGCCUGGCGGCUUGCGGCAACGAUUCUUUCGACUGCUACGGCCGCUUCGGCGUUGCCUGGGACGGUCCCAGCGCCGCCAGCCGGCUGCGCGACCACCUCGACCCGGGUGACACGGGCGCGAUGACCGCCUUGGGUGGCGAUCCGUCGGCGACCAUCUUCUACGUCUCCAACUCCGGUUGUCGACAGCUGUGCCAGUGA